CAUAUAUAUGAACUGCAAAUUAAGCCCCCUCCAUCGACCUCUUUCUCUCCGGCCGGCCAUCUCCUGUGUGCACUAAGUUCUUCUUUGGAGUGAAGAUGAAGAAGAAUAGCAGCGGCGAGGCAUCCAAGGUUGACCGAAAGAUGGUGGAGAGAAACCGGAGAAUCCAAAUGAAAGACCUUUGCUUCAAGCUAGGUUCUCUUAUUCCUCCCCACUACAUCAAACCCUCCAAGGAGAUGCUUUCACAGCUAGAUCAGCUUGAUUACGCUGCCUCCUACAUAAAACAGCUGAGGGAAAAAAUAGAAAAAUUAGAGGGUAGGAAGGAACAAGCUAAAGCGAUGAGUUUAGGGUCUAACAAUGACAUGAUUGACACGGUGAAGAAUGGCUCAAAGUUGCCUAUAAUUGAUUUAAGAGACAUGGGUUCCAGUAUAGAGGUGAUUUUGAUUACUGGGGUGCAGAAGAACUUCUUGUUGUCUGAAGUUAUAAGUAUUCUUCAAGAAGAAGGAGCUGACGUUGUUAGUUCUAGCUUUUCUUCUAUGGGUGAUAAAGUUUUCCAUACAAUUCAUGCUCAGGUCAAAAUUUCUCGAGUCGGAGUUGAGACUUCAAGGGUAUGGCAGAGAUUUCAGGACUUGGUAUAUGAUGGAAGUAACUGAUGAUCAGUUCUCAUUUUUCCUCCAAAAAAGAUCAAGGUUUUUCAUGUUCUUUGCUGAGGAUUGGAAAUGUGGAUCAUUUGAUAACGAUGGAUGAUCGAAAGAUGUAGUUAAUGGCAUUAUUAGUGAGCGUAGAGCACUCCACUUGGUUUGUAUUUGAAUUAACUCUUGCAGUAAAUUUUGAAUUGAAGUUCAAGUAUGGAGAAUCAUUCUCAAUAUUUAGCAACAGUCA